AUGUUUUCUAGGCACACGUUUACAAAAUCUGGCUAUAAGAUGUUUCAAGUAAUGAGGUUUGCUGUUGAAGAGAUCAAUAACUCCACCACCCUGCUGCCCAAUGUUUCUCUGGGUUAUGACAUUUUUGAUCAUUGUUCUGACACUGAGAAUUUCCCUUCAGUCUUCAGUUUUAUCUCACAGAAUGGAUCAAUAAAACCUCAAGAAAAACUCAACAGCCAUCAACCUAAAGUCAUUGCUUUAAUAGGACCAUAUGGAAGCACAAGGGCCAUUUCGGUUGCACCAUUGGCCACAAUGGACCUUAUACCACUGGUUAAUUAUGGAGCUACUAGCUAUACAUUAAGUGAUAAACUUCAGUAUCCCUCUUUUAUCAGAACAAUCCCUAGCAACAAAGACUUGAUACAGAUGAUUAUUCACACCAUACAAUGGUUCGGAUGGAACUGGGUUGCUUUUCUUGGAGACCCAGACAGCGAAGAAGGCCUACAACUGUUUAGCAGUUAUAUCAGAAAUACUGACAUUUGUUUGGCUUAUCAAGAGACUCUCAGACAAAAUUCAAACUACAGUCUAACACUUAAAAAUAUUCAUAAGCUCAACAUCAACGUAAUUGUGGUUUUCACUCUGUCACGAUAUGCCAAAAAUAUAAUCAAAGCGGCCAUAGACAACAACAUCCGAGACAAAGUUUGGAUAACAAGUGAAGCGUGGUCCAUGAAUGAGCAGCUUCUAAAAGAGCCAGGAAUCAAGAAUAUUGGUACAGUAAUUGGCAUGACGGAGAGAUUAUUAUCAUUGCCUGGAUUUAAUGAAUUCAUCUACGAAUUUAAAGCAACACCUAAGAUUAAUACUACUAAUAAUAAUGUUCAGAGUAAAAUCCAGACUAAGACAUGUAAUCAAGAUUGUGACAACUGCACAUCAUUGACUGCAGAAGACAUUAUCAAUGAAGAAUCCACAUUAUCCUUUCCCAUCUACGCUGCCAUAUAUACCACAGCUCAUGCAUUACAUAACGUUCUGAAGUGCAACAUGAAUGAAUGCAGCAAAAAUACAACAGUUAAACCAUACAUGCUACUGGGAGAAAUGAAGAAGCUGGAUUUUCCACUCAUUGGACGUCAGGUGAAAUAUGAUGCUAAUGGUGAUUCGGCCAUCAGUUAUGCAGUUGUGCUUUGGCACACUGAAACAAAUCCUCCAUGGAUUGAGAUGGUGGGCACUUAUGACACAUAUCCACAAAAUAUUUUUACCAUCAACACCUCUCUCUUUCCCUGGCGUAGCAAUGUUUCUGUUCCUCUCUCAAGCUGCUCUGUUGAGUGUAAGAAGGGAUUUUCAAGGGAACGUGUUGGAUAUUACGAUUGCUGCUUUUUGUGUAAAAAAUGCCCACAAAACAGCUAUGUGAAUUAUUCUCCCCUGCUGAGGGAGGUUUUAACAAAAUUAGAGAUGGUGCUGGACCAGCAAUCCACCAUCCUCAGAUUCCUGCAGCUGCAGGAGGACAGGGGGCAUCUUUUGGAUAUUGAGGGAGGUUUGCUGCUCUUGGGGGAGCUAGGGGGCCAGAGGGGGAUGGCGAGGGGAAAUCCGGCCAGCACUGGCAAGGGACAGCAGGGAAAGGGCCGGACGGAGCUCCUUCGUCUACGGCCCACCUCCUGCGUUGCUGUUGACCUCGGGGCGCUCCUCUCUCCUCCUGAGGGUUUCCUCUGGGCUUACGAGUCAGCGUGGGGUAGGUUUAGCUUUAGCUUGGUUCAAGGUUUCCUCUGGGUCUACGAGUCGGCGUGGGGUAGGUUUAGCUUUAGCUUGGUUCAAGGUUUUCUCUGGGUCUACGAGCCUUUGUGGGAUGAAUUUAGCUUUAGCUGGGUACCGGGGGUCAACAAUAGUAAGAACCAUACGUCACCUCUAGCGUCGUGCACGGGCAAAGAGAGGGGGGGCUUUUACCAGCGUCCAACUGUGACCGAUGAGACAACGUCCUGUCGGGGGUGGGGUUCAGAAUGGCACAGUGAGCACACGUCCGUCUUCCCGGACCAACACGUCCUCUUCCCUUCCUCCUGUGGACAGGCGAAGAUCUAG